GCGGAAGUGCGGAGUCGGACGGUAUUGGGUGUGUGACGCCAGUAACCGAAACUUCCUGGUUGUCGUGCUCCACCUGACGAAACUGGAGCAAAAUUCACACGAAAACAUAACUGUCUGCUCAUAUUAUACAACAAACUGACAUCCCAUCACUACAUCACAUCAUCUUUGUGAAAGCAGAGGGAGAAUUCAUAAUUUAAAGUAGAGAAAUCAGUCGAGCGCUGCUGGAGGAUCCGAAGAAGACGGUCUUUCAGUCUCUAUGUAGGAGGAUGAGGGUGUUUGCCGGUGGGAAGGAUGAAGAGUUCCCCAGCUAACCGCAGUCGGGACAUCGAGCGUCAGGCAGGCUAUCUGCGCCCAGAGCACUGCGCACCGCCCCCUCCACAGACACACUCGGCCGACGACAUGUGGUUCAUCCGGGACGGCUGCGGCAUUGUGUGCGGCGUGAUCACAUGGCUGCUGGUCUUCUACGCCGAGUUUGUGGUCGUCUUCGUUAUGCUCCUGCCGGCGAAGAAUGUGGUGUACAGCUUCAUUAACGGUGCUGUGUUUAACGGACUGGCCUUCCUCGCCCUGGCAUCACACUUCAGAGCCAUGUGCACCGACCCGGGAGCCGUUCCAAAGGGAAACGCCACUAAAGAGUUUAUAGAGAGUCUGCAGCUCAAGCCUGGACAGGUGGUGUAUAAAUGUCCCAAAUGCUGCAGCAUCAAACCUGAUAGAGCUCAUCACUGCAGUGUGUGUAAGCGCUGUAUCAAGAAGAUGGACCAUCACUGCCCUUGGGUCAACAACUGUGUGGGAGAGAACAACCAAAAAUACUUUGUGCUCUUCACUAUGUACAUUGCUUUGAUUUCUCUUCAUGCUCUCAUCAUGGUCGUUCUCCAUUUUGUCUUCUGUUUUGAAGAAGACUGGGCAAAGUGCAGUUCAUUUUCUCCUCCGGCAACUGUCAUCCUCCUCAUCUUCCUGUGCUUUGAGGGUCUCCUCUUCCUCAUUUUUACCUCUGUGAUGUUCGGGACGCAGAUUCACUCCAUCUGUAAUGAUGAGACUGGAAUCGAGCAGCUGAAGAAAGAAGAGAAACGAUGGGCCAAAAAGUCCAAGUGGAUGAACAUGAAGGUGGUGUUCGGUCACCCGUUCUCUCUGGCCUGGCUGAGCCCGUUUGCCACACCGGAUCACGGGAAGGCCAAUCUCUACCAGUACGUGGUCUGAGACGGCCGAGCCGACAACCUCACCUCCUCUGUCUCUACACAAACAUCUCUUUGCUUUUUAACUCUGUCUGCUCUGAAAGACCUGACUCUAGUAGGCUCUGUCCGCUCAUCGAGACACUGACAGCCUCGGAGAGUGACACUGAUGCACUGUUGUAACGAAUCCCACACUGUGAACGCUGGCAUAUACAAAGUACGCUAGUGAUGAAUUGGAUCUAGUCACCCGGUGAGAUUCUAGAGGCCUUGACCAUGAAAGCUACUAGCCAUCACCAGCCGUGGAAAAUAACCAGUGUUUCUUGUUGGUGUGAUUUGAUUUUGUUUUUUUGAUUGACGGAUGCCUUUACAUUCACUGGAUGAUUAGGAAACGCCUUUUCUUUUUGCGCUCAUGCUGUUCAUUCUCAGAACGGCUGCUGUACCGUGUGAGGAAUCUUUCGUUGCCAAAUUUGAUUAUAUUAUGAAAAGUUAAAUGACACAAAAUCUCCUUUUUUCCUUUCUUGAUCAAAAAGAAUCCAUAACUCGCAUAACACUAAUGGGUGAAUAUCAUGAAAACAUGUCUGGGUCAUAUUCCAUACCAAAAUCUUUUUCUUUUCUUUAUUGUCAUUGUGACAUUAUAUUCAUGUCAAUUAAAUACAUUAUACUAUCUAAUUUUCAUUAUUGUAAUUUUCAUUGUAUUGUUAUUUUUUUAUAUUUUUUUGUAAUUCUCACAUGCUGAUUCUCAAUACUGUAAUAGUAAUUUCUUACUGAAUUACAUCAAAAAUACACACAAUUUUUGCAUUACAAUAAUUAUAGAUUUUCAUUAAAUACUGUCUUCAAUACUAUUUUAUGAAACUAUUCUCAAUUUUAAUAAAAGUCCUUUUUACUUAAUUACAUAAAAAAGCCAUCAAACAUUUACAUAUUACACGUGUAUAUAUAGUAUUAAAAUGUUAAAAGUUUUUCAUUAGUAUUAAUACCUGUGCAUUUUGCUUGAAACUUCACGUUCAUCUUUUUUUCCCCCGUGGAUUUUGGGAUGAAAUAUGAUGUUUUUGACAUGUUUUAUGAGAUUAAUCUAAUUAAUCUAUGAAUGCAGUAGCUUGUUACAGGCUUAGAAAUACAUUUGUGACUGUAAUACGAGGUUUGCAACACUUUUAUCCGUUCUCCAGAUGGUUUCCACUGUCUCUCGACGGUGGCACCCAUGGGUUUCUUGCGUUGUGGUUCAGUAACGGUGUCACUACAGUAUUUGAGCAUGAGCUCGGUCUUCCUGUAUCCAGACGGCUGCUGUCUUCGUCCUGUGCCUCCUCAGGGUUCACAUCAUGCUCUUAUCAAUCCUGCUUCUCUUCCAAAUUCAGCUCGGACCAUCAGAUAUUCACCGUCUGCAGCCUCGAAAGCCUUGAAACUGUUGAGGUUUUCAGGGUGUUCUCUGUCUUAUUUUAUCCUUCAGCACAAUUCUGUCCGCUCUUGUGGUUUGGUGGCUCCACUUUGCUGCUUAUGACUGAAGGUUUGUUGGUUGGAUUUCAGUGCAUUGAAGUGUUCACCGGCUCUGCUAUCGGACCGAUAUUAUCCUUCGGGUCUGUACGGGUCGCUCAUAAUCACUGUCUUUUUAAUCAAUGCUUUAUGUUGUGCAUGUAUUUUAAAUAUAUCAGUAUCUUAAUGCAUUUGUGGGUGUUUCGGGUUACUUUCACUUCGAAAGUCAAUUCAAUAAAUUUCUCUUUCUGUUGUUUUUC